AUGCCGCCCAGAAAGAAGAUCAAGACCAGCCACCCCAGCGGAAACAUAUUGGGUGACGUCGGUGCGCCCUCCGAGUCUGGACCAGUAGGUUCAACACCGCGGUGCGGGUUGUGCGAUCUUCCGAAUGAGGUGCUGCACAUGAUCGGAGCAUUUCUGCACCCUAAAGACUUGUUCAACUUGUGCCACACCUGUAAAGGCAUCCGCGUGCGUUUUUGGUCCAAAAGCGCGGAAAAGUGCGUGUGGGCGGUUGCGCUGAAGAGGGCCCCUCGGUUUCAUGGUGUGUACGGGAGCGAGGAGCUCCCCGUGCGGCCCGCAUUUAUGAGCAUACCCGCGUUCGUUCACCUGCUAUUCACGACAAACUGUAUUAUGUGUGGGCGCACCAUGCACAAGGUUCUAGAAGGGUGUGGUGUCCGCAUCUGCCAAGGAUGUUUACCAAAGGCUGUGAUUUGGUAUGGAAAAGCUGCCAAGCAAGUAGAGAUCGUCAAUUCCGCCCUCAGCAAUGCCAUCUUAGAUUGGGAUACAUUUCCGGACUUCUUCACGGUCUUGAGUCUAUCCAGAUAUAAUGACAAGUGGAACCUGCUUCUUCGGCGCGAUGUGGAUGCAGUCGUCAAACGGUAUAAAAAGCUUGCGGCCCCCGGACCCGUGUCGAAAGAUGCAUUAAACAAGUUCACCGAUGCUCUGUCUCACGAGUGCAGCCAGCGGCAGGUGCAAAGCCGUGAACUUGAAGAAUGGUUAACAAGGACCCGGCAGGCCAAUAUUUACGGUAUCAAAGAAAAACGACGUCACGACAUCUUGGAGCGCCUGUGCGAGGAAGGUUGGGCCGAAGAGCUAAAUCACAUGAACUAUUGGGACAUGUAUAAGUUCGUUAAGAUCCCUUCACUACGUCUGCCUAAGCCCUUGACCGACGCAGAAUGGCCGAGGGUGAUGAACGCGGUACAGGCCACGCUUGACAAGGCGCACGCAGACCUCAAUGCCCACAAAAUCCAAAUAGGGCUCCGCAUGCGCUAUAGCGACCUCGAAGACGCCAUUCGCGAACACUGUGUACAGCUCCCGCGGACCCCGUAUAUGUUGCAUUAUCCUAUCCCGAUCGACUUCGCUUUCACACCUAAGUGCCGCGCCGCCCUCGAGCACCCGUUGAAGUUCGACUACCCCACCGAUCACUCGGACCCCUUCGAACGCAUGGCUCCCGCUCUCGUAAAGAAAUGGAACACAAACGUAAGAAAGAAGCUGACGCGCUACGUGCGUCGACACCUCCGACGCAUCCCCCCUGGCGUCGACCCGCUUAAUCUGGCAGUUGCCGUUUUCACCUGCGGUCACUGCGCAGCUGGGGUGCGAUACCCCGAAGUACUCCGCCACCCGUGCCUCCGCCUCAGGCCUGAGGCCGGCAAUCUGCCAAUUGCGGAGGACGACUUGUACACGCGCAUUAUCACGCGGCCUAACUUUAUCAACGAAAAAUACGAGCUCAACGAGGAGCAGAAACCCCUGCAUCGGAGAUGCAUGCCCUUCGACGCCGACCGUCUCCAAAACGGACCCAUGGCUAUCGUGAACGUCGAUCGGAUGCGUAGGGUCGUCUCGGGGCUGGGCCUUGAUGCGGUGCGGACAACAACCGACGAGCUGAAGGCAUGUGGGGGCUGGCUCCGUUGCACCCUUUGUGAACCUGGCGGUCCAGAGGAGCCGGUGAAGCGUGUAUACGACUGGGUCGCUGCAUUUGACCACGAACGCGCGCACUGGGGCAUCGACGUAGUUGAUGGCACAGAAGUAGAUCACAUGUGGCAACGCGUCGACCAGCCGGCGAUCCUGGGAACCAUUCAAGAGCUUGAGCUCGCAGCCCGCAAGGCUCUUCUCUCCGAUCGCCGCUCGCACAAGAUUGAGGAUGCUGACCAGGCAAUCCAAGAUGGCACGAUAUUCAGACAUCCCUGGAUAGAGCCCGAUAAGGGGCGCUGUUUCAAGAUCUUGCGCGGGCCUGACUCGGAUGAUGAGGAAGAUGCGGAGACCGUAGGCUACUCCAGCGACGAGUCGGAGUCCGACUCGGAAUACUAG